AUGCCCAUACCUAAGCCAAAGGUCCCUCUCAAGGACCAUUGUUCAGAAAUAUAUGACGGUAAACUAUACACAUACCAGGAAGAUGCUUUCCAAUCGUUAGAUCUCAAAGAGGGUGGAGAAUGGACACAAUUAGACAUGGGUGUACCCACACAAGGGUCUGUCUGUGUACAAGGAAACUUCGACGACCAGGCCUCUUUCAUAGUGGUGGGUGGAACUACAGACAAAAAUGGAUAUAGUGGCCUUCAGCAUUAUUCUUUCAAAGACAGCAAAUGGAUUAGCGACAAGCCGGCAGAUACAGUCACCACAAAUCGGCGACGACAUGGUGCUGCAUUUAUCCAGCAGUCCUCUGAAAUCCUGACAUAUGGAGGCUCACAGGAUGAUGACCACACCGCAACAUCACAAACUUUUCUCAUCUCUACGAAACAACCUUACGUGACGCGAGCAUUUAAUUCCCAAGCACCUCCAGUAGUAGAUCCUCUACUUUUAAGUUACAACAGCACGCAUGCAUUGAUGCUCGGGGGAGAUCCUACAAAUACGAAACUCUUCACUUUCAGUCCCGAGACGAUGUGGAACCUGCUAGAUAUCUACCUGAAAGAAGGGCUGAAGGAUGCUAGCAAGACGCAAGCUACUGUAAUGACGGGAAGCGACGGCAGUAAAGUCCUCGAACUCUUCGACAUGAGCUCAUCGCCAAACAAGAUAACGUCCAUCUUAGUACAGAAUGCCACGCAGUCUUCAAAGCGCAAGAGAUCAAAUCCACACCAUCCCACCAAAAGGCGGAAAAGGGAGAUCGCGUUAUCAGAUAGACCGACUUACAACAGCACGUUGGCCCCUCAAGAUGCUCGCUCUGGCUUCUCCGUAGCCUCAGACGACAAGACUGGCUUGGUUGUCGCAAGUGGAGGCAACGAUCAAGCACCAUUGGCCAUGUUCAAUGAUACGGGGAACCAGUGGCUGGACCCAAACAUGUUUUUUGGCAACGAGCCUCAGCCCACGCCGACGCCUUUACCCUCAUCGACAACGUCAGAUCUGCCGUCAUCGACUUCGUCGACUUCGCCUCCAGCUACCUCCUCCGCCGCUGCUCACAAGAAUAAUAGUUCUCGGGAUAAAUCACUAACUAUUCUAGGUGGAGUUCUCGGUGGCGUGCUUGGAGCCGCGGUAGUCCUGAUUCUAUUGCUCAUCUUACUAAGGUACUGGAAGAAGAGGAGGGCUCUGCAGCAGGAACAACAGAGACAAAGCGAAUAUAAGCUGGACGAGAAAGGAGAGAUGGAUUUCAUGGAUAUGGGUGCCGACUUCAUGAGGGAGGCGGGUGGGUCAGCAGCGGUGAGCCCCGGAUUUACGAGUCCGCACGGUAGGAAUGAAUCAGAGGGUAGCACCAAGCAAAAGGAACGAGGUGGUGCUGCCUCGUCUCUAUCAAAGCGGGCUCUACUUCACGCAAAGGGAGAUAGCACUGGAAGUCAAAGGUCUUUCUGGAGCAGAGGCUCGCGCUCACCAGACCCACCCCCACAGAUCUCCGCGCCGAUCAUGGGCCCAUCUCUCAGUCGGAGUAUGGCCUCACCAGAAAUACGGAACGAUACUGGGUGGAGUAGAUAUUUCGCGGAAACCCCAGCACAAGAGGGGUUUGCCAGGUCGGCUCCUAGAGUUGAUGAUCCCCGUCAGAAUUCGUUCCUCUCUACCGCUCAAACGCAUUCCACCAAUACCUCUUCGGCGCUGCAUUCUUCGGCGGAGAUCGAACCACUCAACUUCAGACCUUCACAGAAUUAUCUACCUUCUGGUCUUGGUGUUGCCCUUUCACACAGCGUGUCUCGAGACGCUACGUCCAACAAAUCGCCUACUCCAUCUAUUGUCUCUGACAUUGAGGAAGAAUCUGAAUACCACCACAGCAAUGGACAAGAUUCCUGGUCGCCUGUUGAAUCCGGUUCUGGUCGAGAGCGGAACAGCGGCUGGACCGACGAGCGAACCAUCAGCAGUACGCACACCAAUAGCGCACCUUAUCCUCAUCCAGGUGAACAUGUUCAUAUACCUAACUUUCCAAUGCCGACAAGCGGGCGAAGCAGCGCGGUCGCAUCUAUUGCAUCGCCCGUAAGUCCGCAGGGGGGCCAACCUCCACAGCUACCCACACACAGCCCUGGCUUGAGAAACGUGGUAUCCAGAGAUCUGAUCCGUUCUAACAGCCAUCGACAGCAAGCUGAGGGUCUUGUUCGCACCGGCACACAGAGAGUCACACCCAGUAAUUCUCCAUUUCCCAGACCGGAUGAGCAACAAUGGGGAAUCACUAGGGAGAGCAAUGGGAGCCAGAAUGAGGACAUGAGCUGGCUCAACCUUGGCACGAGCGUGGAGCAGCAUAGUAAUUAUCACACGACGCGAUAA